UCAUCCCCGUUUCUUACCGAGUCAUUUUUCUCCAGUUAGAAAGAAGGUGGUGUGUGUGCGCGCCAAUGAGCUAGAGCUCAACUGGCAUCUCCUCCAACUGAAAGAAUAGGGUGGAGGGUGCAAUCGUGGGUUCAACACCUGCCAAGUGCACAUGUAACAACCAAUAUGAAAAACAGAUUUCUUUUCUCUCAGGUAGGCUGUGUUGCAACUGAAAUAAGUUUUUUCUGUUAGAAAAAGGGUGUUUGGCGUGCAAAAAAAAUGUUGAAGCAUGUACUUGGCAAGGUGUGGAACAAAGGAGUUAAUACAUAUGGAGGAGACAAAGUUAGGCCUUGCUUGUAUGUUCUCACAAGUGGUUUCCACAAUGGGCAGGUUCAUUACGCACCAAGAAGCUUCUUUGGGGUAGAGGAUUUCCUAGAUGAUGACAAUAGCCGGCCAUACACAUACCAGAAGGGAAAGAAGUCGAAAAAUCCAACCAAGCAUGUAUCAUUCAAACAACGCACUGUUGCCUACUUGGAGCCAUUUACACUCGACGUUUUCAUCUCAAAGCGCUUUGUGUCAGCCUCACUCACCCACAGGGUGACGAGCAAACAGGUUGCAGUUGCUGGUACCAACUCUAAAGACAUUAAAGCUGUGCUCAAGUCCCGAUCAGAUAUACCUGCGUGUUUGGCUGUUGGUCGUAUUUUGUCUGAUAGGGCAAGAGAAGCUGAUGUGUACACUGCUUCCUAUACUCCCAGGGACAGGGACAAGUUUGAAGGGAAGAUCAGAGCAGUGGUUCAAUCCCUUAUAGAUAAUGGGAUUGAUAUCAAAAUUUAUCUUGAUUGAAUUGUUGCGAUUGUUAGUUAAUCAACUUUCUUUGGGACCCCUGCAAAAAUGGUGUCUGUAAUUCUUUUUAUCUGUAACGAUCAUGAAGUCAUCUUUUGGGAGAAUCAAAGAAAAGUGAAGUGGCUGCUUCUUUCUC